AUGGGCGAGGGCGGGCUCCCCCCGGCCUUCCAGCUGCUGCUGCGUGCUUGCGACCAGGGCGACACCGAGACGGCGCGGCGGCUACUCGAGGCGGGGGCGGCGGAGCCGGCGGAACGCAGCGCGGAGCCCGAGGCGGGCGCGGAGCCGGCGAGGGCCGAGGCGGCCGGGCCCGGGACGGCGGCGGCGGCGGCGGCCGGAGCGCCAGUGCCCGUGGACUGCUCGGACGAGGCGGGCAACACGGCGCUGCAGUUCGCCGCGGCCGGGGGCCACGAGCCGCUGGUGCGCUUCUUGCUGCGCCGCGGCGCCUCGGUCAACAGCCGCAACCACUACGGCUGGAGCGCGCUCAUGCAGGCAGCCAGAUUUGGGCACGUGAGUGUGGCACAUCUCCUUUUGGACCAUGGGGCUGAUGUCAAUGCCCAGAACCGACUAGGGGCCAGUGUGCUCACUGUGGCCUCUCGGGGUGGCCACCUGGGCGUGGUGAAGCUGCUUCUGGAAGCUGGUGCCUUUGUGGACCAUCACAACCCCUCCAGCGAGCAGCCGGGGGCAGGGGACAGCAGGGACGAGCUGUUGGACAUCACAGCCCUGAUGGCUGCCAUUCAACAUGGGCACGAGGCUGUAGUGCGUCUGCUGAUGGAGUGGGGUGCGGACCCCAACCGCGUGGCCCGAACUGUGGGCUGGAGCCCGCUGAUGCUGUCGGCGCUCAUUGGGAGGCUUGGCAUGGCCCAGCAGCUGGUGGAGAAGGGGGCCAACCCUGACCACCUCAGCGUGCUGGAGAAGACCGCCUUCGAGGUUGCACUGGACCGCAAGCAUAGGGAUCUUGCAGACUACCUGGACCCACUGACCACGGUCAGGCCCAAGACAGAUGAGGAGAAAAGGCGGCCUGAUAUUUUCCAUGCAUUGAAAAUGGGAAACUUCCAGCUGGUCAAAGAGAUUGCAGACGAAGACCCCAACUAUGUGAAUCUGGUCAACGGGGAUGGGGCCACCCCGCUGAUGCUGGCAGCGGUCAUGGGGCAGCUGCCUCUGGUGCAGCUGCUGGUGGAGAGGCAUGCCGACGUUGACAAGCAGGACAGCGUGCAUGGCUGGACGGCCCUCAUGCAGGCCACCUACCAUGGGAAUAAGGAAAUUGUCAAAUAUCUGCUAAACCAAGGGGCUGAUGUCACUCUUCGUGCAAAAAACGGGUACACGGCCUUUGACCUAGUGAUGCUGCUGAGUGAUCCUGACACGGAACUUGUUCGACUGCUGGCAUCUGUCUGCAUGCAGGUGACUAAAGACAAAGGCCGGCCCAGCCACCCACCGCCUCCGCCCCACUCGAAGGCUCGACAGCCCUGGAGUGUCCCAGUGCUGCCGGAUGACAAAGGCGGGCUUAAGUCCUGGUGGAACCGAAUGUCCAAUCGGUUCCGGAAGCUCAAACUGACGCAGACCCUGCCCCGCGGGCUCUCCAGCAACCAGCCUUUGCCUUUCUGUGAUGAGCCAGAGUCAGCACUGGACUCCACGAUGCGGGCGGCCCCCCAGGAUAAGCUAAGCCGCCUGGGGCUUCAGGCUGUCGCCCCUACCAUGAAAGAGAAUGGUCCUGGGAGCACGAGAGGAGACAAAGAAGAUGUGUUAUUGACCACCAUGCUUCGCAACGGAGCCCCCUCCCCCAGACUCCCGAGUGACAAGCUGAAGGCAGUCAUCCCCCCUUUCUUACCCCCUUCCAGUUUUGAGCUGUGGAGCUCCGAUCGGUCCCGGACAUGUCACAGUGGGAAGGCAGAGCCCGUGAAGACUGUGUUGCCCCAGAGAGCUGGCAGGGGUGCCCCCGUGGGCGUGGCUGGUGGGAGCACCGAUGCUACUCCUGUCAGGCCUGUUAAAUUUCCAUCUCUCUCCAGAAGCCCCACCUCUCCCGCCAAUUCUGGAAACUUCAACCACUCACCUCAUUCCUCAGGUGGCUCCAGCGGGGUAGGGGGCUCGAGCAGGCAUGGCGGGGAGCUGCAUAACCGCUCAGGUGGUGGCAUAGACAGUGUCCUGUCCCAAAUCGCUGCUCAGAGGAGAAAAGCUGCGGGUUUGUCGGAGCAGAAGCCCGGCCGCCAAUCAAGUCCCGCCGGGCCAGCACCGGGGUCCAGCUCGUCUGAACUCCCGGUCUCCCCCGCAGGCAGUGGCGGUCCCAGCGGCAAGAAGCUGGAGACAAGCAAAAGACCUCCGUCUGGAACUUCCACUCCCUCCAAGAGCACCUCGCCUACGCUCACGCCCUCCCCUUCACCCAAAGGGCACACGGCCGAGUCCUCAGUGUCCUCCUCCUCUUCCCAUCGGCAGUCCAAGAGCAGUGGGGGCUCCAGCAGCGGCACCAUCACAGAUGAGGAUGAACUGACUGGAAUCCUUAAGAAAUUGUCACUUGAGAAAUAUCAGCCCAUUUUUGAGGAGCAAGAGGUGGACAUGGAAGCCUUCCUCACGCUCACCGAUGGCGACUUGAAGGAGCUGGGUAUUAAGACAGACGGAUCCAGGCAGCAGAUCCUGGCAGCGAUUUCUGAACUGAAUGCGGGCAAGGGACGCGAGAGACAAAUUUUACAGGAAACCAUUCACAACUUCCACUCUUCCUUUGAGAGCAGUGCCAGCAACACCAGGGCCCCAGGAAACAAUCCCUGUACAUGAUCCUCCCUCCUGUGGUGACCAGCGUGAGCUUUCUGAAUCCCAGUGCUGCCCUCACGUAGCCCGUGCUCCAGCCACCAUCAACUCCUCCCCAUUCCCUGGAACAUGCCUCGGUUGGUCACACCACCGUGCCUUUGUCACAUUCCCUCUGCCCCAAAUGCCUGUCUUCCCUUCUCUUCUCUGCUUUCGUAGUUGGUGAUGCUCUUGCUGUAACAAACUCCAACGCGGUAGACUUAUCCUCACAUGAAGUCCGGUAUGGCUGCUUCUGCUUGGCAGGCGGCUUCCCACUGUAAUUUGGGGACCCAGUUCCUUUCACCUUGUGGCCCUGUCAUCCCCAGGGACCUCAGCAUCUUUGCUUCUUGCUGGCAGAAAGGGGAAAGGGGCGGUGGAGAAGGCACAGCCAUUCUUAACCACGUUCCUCUCCACUGUUCUUGCUCCAUCCACUCCUGCUCAAGUUCCAUUGGCCACCGGUAGUCACAUGGCCCCACCUGGCUGCAUAGGAGGCUGGGAAAUGUAGUCUUUGCUCAGGUGGUGGCUGCCCAGCAGCAAGCCUACACUUAGCCAGGGCGGCGCCAUGUUUUAGAGGAAGCUUAGCUUUCCCUGACACAUUUUCCCAUAAAACUUCUAACUUGUUCUUUGUGAUCCAAGUCACCGAUCCAGUGAAGCCUUCCUUGACUCCCUUACACAGAAGUAACUUUUCAGGCCCCAGGGUCCCUUACGGCUUGUUUAGGACUCUGUUCUAGCACUCGGCCGCACCGACUGCCUACAACACACAGCAGGUGUUCAGGAUGUGUGCGUUGAAUGUGUUUGUCUUUAUUGCGAUGGCAAGCUUUUCUGUAGGAAAAAAAGGGUAGGCCUGCUUUGUGAUCUCAGGUCCCUUCUUCCUUCUGGCCGUCAGUGUCCUCACCUGUAAGAUCUAGGGUCGGGCAGGAGGAGGCUCGGCCGAUAGUCUGCUCUGCUCGUGCCAUGUCGCCAUAGGCUCUCCUGCACGUCAAGGGGGAGCAGAAGACCCUAAUAUAUUGCACUGUGGAGGGACUUUGGUGCUCAAAUUUUCUAGACAAAGAAGCCAAGUGUUUGGAAUUUCUUGAACACCCUGUUAAUGCUAUGUUCCUCAGAAGGGAAUCGGUCCUUACAGUUUUCUGCCCCUAUUACAUUUGCGGAGCUCCGACAGUAGCUUUUAGAAGUGUUUUCAAGUGAGUCAUUUGGCCAAUGCUUGCUGCAUUUGUGUAACGUGCUGGGUGCCGGGGCUACAGAGACAAGCUAGAGCCAGUCCCACCCUUGGGGACCUCUAUAGGCAGGAGAGGACAGAAAUGGUCCAUCCCAACCUCAAGAGGCAGCGUGGCAGAACUCAGGCUCAAAGUUCACCUCCAGCCCUGUGGCUGGCCAGCUGCAUGGCCUGGGACAGGUCACUUGGCCUCUUGCUCAGAGCGGAGAGCCGCUGUGCAGAAAGCUUUUAGUCUGUACAAAGCACCCAGUAGCCAGCAGCCUUCACAGAGUUCUUGUCUUUGCCAUGAGCUCCACCAGGCUGCGUGCUGAUCUCCUUGGGAGGUGUGGUCGCUCAUGUCCCUCCCCAGCCACGAAGGCCUGCUCCCCCUCCAUUGGCUUUGCGGGGCAGCUCUGACCACCUCAUGUUUCCCCCACCCCUGCCCUCCCCUGCCCGUUGAGACAGCUCCUCCUCCCUCCUCCCAUCCUCCCACCGGCAGCAGCUUACUUGCAACACUCCCAGGAGAAGGCUGCACUUUAGCUGUCACUGACAGGCUUAUUUGUAAAUAGCCCUCAAAGCCAGGCCUUUAAGGAGGCAUGGUCAAUGUGCACGUACUCCGUGCAGCAGCUUGAGGUCAGUGUCGUCCAUCCUCUUUGUCACCCUGGAGAGCACUGCACAUCUGGGAGACCCACAGAGUGAAGCUGUGUUCCAGUUACACAGCCCAGGGUGGGCAGAGCUGGCCCAGACUUGGCUCUGGUGGGCUUCCGGGCCCAUGCCUUUCCACUGAUCCAUGUAGACUUCCGGAGCUGGAGGCACCGGGUAUCCUCAGUGUUGUAAUGUAAUGUACUGAUGUCUCCAGGGCUUAGUUCUCAAUAGGCCAAAAGUUGUUUGCCCCUGAAAUACACUGGCCUCUGAGUUACAUGCUCCGAGGUUCUGUGUCUGCUUCCUGCUGCUGUGCUGGUUUUUCCACAAGCCCCCUAUCCGUGCAGCAUGCUGCUGGGUAUGUUUGACUGAAUAUCUGCCACACACACAAACUGUGCUGGAGGGGGCAGCUUUCCUCACCUGAUGGCCCAGACAGAGCAGGGCUGAUUCCCAUCUUGCAGAUGGGAAAACAGGCUCGGGAGAGGUGCUUCUCUUGUCUUUUCCACUGGAGUCAAGUGGUUCUAAGGCUUUUUCUCCCAGGCAGUUUGUGUGCUGUCUGAUGAGAGAUUUCUGGCACACUUUCUGGGGCAUGAUCUUCCCCUUCCUGGUGACACUCCACACCCCGCCCGUGUAUC